GGUUUGAUGGGAAUAUUCGCUUUUUUGCUUUGCGUCUGCUAUAAUUCCCAAUUUCAUUUAUCUUUCUUCAAAAUCAUUAUUCAUUGGCUCUCAUUUCGUCUAAGAAUCUUUGGCAUCAAAUCACACGUUUACUAAAAACUCAGGCGCAAUACAUAAUUUAACACAAGAAAAAAAGUUUCUGUCAUCUAUUAAAAAUGUUUGGUUCUGGCGGCGGCUUUGGAGGCGGCGGCUUUGGACAAAGUAAGCCCAGCAGCUUUGGAGGCUUUGGACAGGCAGCAAACACGGGUGCCAAUACGGGCGGUGGCUUUGGUGCAAACAACAGCAGCAGCAUUGGCGGUGGCUUCGGAGCAGGCGGCAACGCCACUGGUGGCUUUGGUGCUGGUGCCGCUGGUGGCGGAGGCUUUGGCGCUGGUGGGGGAUUUGGCGGAGGCGCCAGCGCUGGUUUUGGUGGCGGCGCCAGCGGCAGCACGUUUGGCGGCUCAGUGGCUCCCAGCUCGACUGUCGGCGGGUUUGGACAAAGCACGCAGUCCAGCCUGUUUGGCGGCGGCGGUGCUGCGGGAGGAUUCGGGUCGAGUGUGACAGCUACGGGCACGGCUCGCGCUGACUUUGAGCCGUACGUGGACCCCACGGGCCUCGGCAACAAGGAGAAGUUUAUGAACAUUUGCUUCAACAAAGUGUACAAGGACUACUCACCUGAAGAGCUGCGCCUCCAGGACUAUGAGGCCGGUCGCAAGAAGGCUGAUGCCGCACCAGCGGCUGGCGGUUUUGGUCAGCAGUCUGCAUUUGGCCAGCAGCAGCAGACCGGCUUUGGGCAGCAGCAGCAGCCUGCGGCCGGAGGCUUUGGCGCUUCGGCCACUGGGUUUGGCCAGCAGCAGCAGCAGCCGCAGGCGGGCGGCUUUGGCUCUAGCGGCUUUGGGCAGCAGUCGUCUACGACCGCAGGCGCAUUCGGGCAGGCGGCCAAGCCGGCCGGAGCAUUCGGGUCGGGCUUUGGCGGCGGAAGCGGCAUUGGUGGAUUCGGCCAGGCUGGCACGGCCGGCGGCAGCCUCUUUGGCUCGUCAGCAGCGGCCAACAAGCCUGCCACCGUAGGCUUCGGCUCAAACGCAGGCGCCAUGGGCUCGCGGUUUGGUGCCACAGGCACCACAGGAUCCACAGGACCCACAGGAUUUGGCGCUUCGGGAACCACCGGCUUUGGAGCACCUGCCGGUACUGGCUUUGGCGCAUCCAACACGGGCGGCGCCUUUGGUUCACAGCAGCAGCAGCAGCCCAGCACGGGCUUUGGCGCGCAGUCGACUGGAUUUGGCGGCGCCGCCACUACAGGUUUUGGCGCCACACCCGCAAAGCCCGCGUUCGGUGGCUUCGGGCAGCAGCAGCCCGCAGCAGCAGCCGGCGGAGGACUCUUUGGACAGACCACCACAGGAGGCGGCUUUGGGCAGCAGCAGCAGCCGGCGUCGACUGGAUUUGGCCAGGCUGCUGGCGGCGCAUUCGGCAGUACUGGCGGGGGCCUGUUCGGUCAGAGCAACACCACUGCCCAGCAGCCGGCUGCCAGCGGAGGCCUCUUUGGUCAGAACACCGCUGCCCAGCAACCAGCUGCCAGCGGGGGCCUCUUUGGCGCCAAGCCCGCAGCCCCAGCCACGGGCGGCGGCCUGUUCGGCACCAACACUGCCACAAAUGCCACCGGUAGCGGGCUGUUUGGCAACACGGCCAACACUGGCGGCGGUCUUUUCGGCCAGCCCCAGCAGCAGCAGCAGCAGCAGCAGACGGCUGCAGGCGGCCUUUUCGGAAACACAGCGGCCGCUGGCAACACGAGCGGUGGGCUUUUUGGGGCCAAGCCGGCCACAGGCAUGGCAGGCGGUUUGUUUGGACAGACCAGCACUGCCGCCAACACCGCUGGCGGCGGCCUGUUCGGCAACGCUGGAGCGACACCGGCCACCGGCGGUCUAUUUGGCCAGCCUCAGCAGCCCCAGCAGCAGCAGCCCUCCACUGGCGGCAGCCUGUUUGGCAACGCUGGAUCCACCAACACCAUGGGCGGCGGGCUGUUCGGCGCCAAGCCAGCCACAGGCACUGGGCUCUUUGGGGCGCCGGCAGCCGGGGCGUCGAGCACUGGAUUCGGGCUUGGGUUUGGCGGCAGCAGCCAGAUGGCGCAGCCGCAGCAGCUGCAGCAGCAGCAGGCGACCUCGCUGUUCGGCGGGUUUGGCCAGCAGCAACAGGCAGCCGCGCAGCCGCAGGCACCGCAGCCCAGCCUGUUCGCGGCGCAGAUCGACCGGCAGCCGUACGGGUCCAGCGCGCUGUUCGACCCGGCCCGGCUGUCAGCCAAGCAGCUUGCGCGCCCGAGCGGCAGCAGCCACCUGACAGCCACGCCGCUGCGCUCGGCGGCCGAGCAGGCGGCGGCGGCAGCGGCUGCGGAAAAGGAGCUAGAGCGCAAGAAGAAGGGCCUCAGCCUGUACUCUGCCGUGCCCAACAGCCGCCUGCGCUCGCGGGGCUUUGCCGCGGGCGGUGGGCCAGUCUCGGUGGGCAGCAGGACGCCGCUGCUGGGCGCGCUGUCGACGCCGUCGGCAGCGACGCCAUCGGGCCGUGGCGGCCAGGCGGGUGCGCAGCGCAAGCGCGAGCCCACCGUUGGGCUAUUUGGCAGCGACGGGUUCCUGGCGCCCAGCGCGCAGCUGCCACAGUCGAAUGUCAAGCGGCUGGUCAUCACGCGCAAGCCUGACUUUGGCUCGCAGUCGCCGGCCAGCGCAGCGGCCGCCUCCGGCGCUGCCUCUGCCGAGCCCAGCGCCUCUCCGCCGGCAGCGGCUGCCAGCGUCUGGGUGCCUGAGCCAGCUGAGGGGCCUCCGCCGCGCCGCACGUGCGCUACGGCCGUGCCCACGAGCGAGGACGAGGCUGGCGCCGCCGACGAGUGCGAUGGGGCUGGCAGCGCGUCCGGCGGAUACUGGAUGCGGCCGUCGCUGGCGGACCUGCGCGCCAUGUCGUCGCAGCAGCUACGCGCGGUCAAAAACUUUGUCGUCGGGCGCACAGGCGUCGGCCAGGUCAGCUUCAGCCGGCCGGUCGACUUGACGACUGUGGGCUCGCUCGGCGCGAUCGCCGGCGGCGUCGUCCUGUUUGACGACCGCGUGUGCACGGUGUACCCGGACGAGACCAACAAGCCGCCGCGCGGCCAGGGGCUCAACGUGCCGGCGACCAUCUCGCUGCACGACUGCUGGCCUGUCGACCGUGCAUCGGGCCAGCCCGUCGUCGACAUGGAGGACGCGCGCGUGCGCAAGCACAUCAAGCGGCUGCGCAAGAUCAGCGAGACGACGUUCAUCGACUUUGUCAACGGCACGUGGAUCUUCCGCGUCGAGCACUUUUCGCGCUAUGGCCUGGACGACGCCUUUGACGACGGCGACGGCGACGGCGACGGCGGAAUGGACGAGCCCGCCCUGCAGCAGCCGCAGCAGGGUUUUGGUAAGGCCACCGCAGAAUCUCCUUCUGGAGCACUGAGCCUCAUGGGCGGCUCGCGUGCGGUGGCCCAGCAGCAGCCCACGGUGGACGGCACCGGCUCGGUUGCCUCUGCCGCAGUCAAGCACAGAGGUUCCUUUGGUGCCGCGGCCGCCGCCGAGUCGGACUCGGGCGACGAGACCGCUGCCAUCAGCGCGUCGUCGGGCGACGAGGAGGGGCCGGCCGCCGCCACACGACUGGCCCAACAGCAGCAGCAAAGGCUGCCUCGCCCCCUGCUGCUAGGCAGCCGACACGCCGAGGCCCUGCGGCACGGCCCAGUGAUGCGCGCAUCGCUCUUUGCGCCGGCCGCCCUCGGCCCGGGUCCGGCGGCCGAGCCAGCCUCGCUGCGCACCCGGACCUUUGGACGCGUCCAGUCGCGCUCGGCAGCGGUGCCCUUCACGCUGCCUGUGGCACGCUCGUCGGCGCCCAGGCCGAGGCCUGCCCUGGUGUCGGCGCGCCGUGACUUCGGCACCGACUCGCGCCCGGGCUCGGCGCUGGACCUGCCGCCACCCGGCAAGUACCUGCGCGCUAGCGAGACGCGCGUCGCUCGCGCAAUGCUGGCGGCGCCGCAGCCGUACGCGGCAUCGCUGGCGCAUGGGCGGUCGGGCGUCAUCUGCGACGCCGGGCUGAUGAUGGCGCGCAGCUUCCGCGUCGCGUUCGGGCCGCAGGGCCAGCUCGUCUACCUGGGCGCCAGCCCCACGCGCGUCGUCGUCGACAACAUUGCACGCCACCUGCACGCGCCCUCGGCGCCCAGCGGCCAAGCGCUGGACUCGCAGCGCCUGCUUCACCUGGCGACGGUGCGCGCGCAGUGGGACCAUGCACGUGUCGCCAGCGCCAAGGACGCGCACGCGUGUCCCACCGUGUCGUUCCGCGCCGAUACGACGGCCGCGUCGGUCCUGGCCGCGCUGGUGCGCUCGACUGAUGCCGUUCUGCCGCAGUCGCUGCCGGCCGACGAGCGGCGCACGCUGGAACUGGCGGCUGCGCUGUUCGACGAUCUGCCGCGCGAGGCCGGCAGCGAGCGGCUGGCGCACGAGCAGGCGCAGCGCGUCCUCGCUGUGCGGCGGCGCCAGGCGCUGACCAGGUGGCUGAUGGCCGCCGUCCACGACUCGGUGCAGCGCGACCUGCUGCGCGCCGCCGAGAGCCGGUCGCCAGCGGCCGCCGCGGUCUUUGCGCUGCUGUCGGGCCACCGCAUCGAUGCCGCUUGCCUGGCCGCCUCAUCGCACCGCGACUACCGCCUAUCGACGCUCGUCGCGCAGUCGGGCGCCGGUGCGGCAGGCGGCGGCGGCAACGACCGCCAGGUGCAGGCACUGGUGCGCGCGCAGCUGGCGCAGCCGAGCGCUGUGGCGGCCGAGUACCGCCGCGUCUACGAGCUGCUGGCUGGAAAUGUGCGCCGCGAGUCGGCGCCGUCGGGCGACGUGUUUGUCGCCGAGGGCCUCGACUGGACGCGCGCCUUUGCGCUCGGCCUGUGGUACGCGCAGUCGCCAGCUGAUGCCGUCGCGGAUGCCGUUGCCAUGUACGACGACGCGCUGGCGCAUGGCGAGCCGGUUGCCCCGCCGCUGCCGCGCUGGGUCUUUGGCAAGCUGCCGGCCGAGGCGCCUAUGCAGCGGCUGCGCGCUCUGGCGGCGCAGUGCCACGGCGAAGCUGCUGGGGCUGCGCGCGUGGCUGUUGACCUGCACGUACGCGGUGUGUGGGAUGCCGGCUACCAGCUGCUGCGGCUGUUCAGCCAGCCGGCGUGGCCGCUUGAAAGCGCGCUGCCUGCCGAGUCGUUCUCGCCUGCGCGCGCCGACGCGCGUCUGCCGGCGCUGCUGGCGUGGCUGCUGAGCGCAGUGCGCGGCGUGCGCGGCUUCGACGACGCGACGCUGGGCACGCAGGGUCUCGUGUCGCUGGCGUACGACCGGCUGCUGACCAGCUGGGCGUUCCAGCUCGAGUCGCUGGGCCUGUGGCACUGGGCCUGCUUCCUGCUGUUGCAGCUAACGUCGUCCGGCGACGCACUGAAGGCCCACGCCAUCCGCUCGCUGCUCGAACGCUCGCUGGGCAGCUCGCUGCCGACAGGCACGCUGGCGCCGGCCGUGGGAUCCGACCUGCUGCCUGCGCUGACAGCGUUUGGCGGCAUCACCGCAGUGGCGAACGACGGUGAUUCCGAUUUGGCCGAGGAGAAGAUGGUUGCUUUUGCUCUGCGCCAGCUGCAUUUACCGCGCAGGUGGCUUGACGAGGCAUAUGCGACGCGCAGCCGCUACGACUGCGACUGGGUUGCGGCGCACGUCUCGCAGUACCGGCAGAAGCAGCGGAUCCAGCCUGCUGCCACUGCUGCUGACAGCGUGGUGCCUGCUGCUGUGUCGGGUUCUUACUUUGGUCAGUUCGCUCCUGCUGCGGCUGCCGCUGCAGCCCCAGCUGCAUCUGUUGUUAGCAAGGCCGCUUCCCCGCGCGUGCUCGAUGUCGUCGCCGAGGCCACUCUGCGCCAGGUCGCCUGGCUGCUGAGCGCCGGCCAUCUGGCGUCAGCCCACACGCUGGUGCUGCAGCGCAUCGCCCCCGAUGCCAUUCUGCGUGGCGACUACCACCUGCUGGCGCGCGUCCUCAGCCACCUUGACCCGACGGCAUCGGGCUCUGCCACUAUCACUACGCACUCACGCGUCCCGCUGGAGCAGUGGGCAUCAGGCGGCCACGUGUACUCGCUGUUCCUGUCUGCCGUCAACGGCCUGCCUGCCGUGCUCAAGCGCAUUGCUGCAGACGACAGUGACAGUGACAAUGACAGUGACGCCAGAUCUGGCGGCGGCAUGGACGCAGACUACCUGCAGCAGCAGAUUCGCCAGAUCUACCAGCAGAUGCUUGCUCUGCUGGAUGCGCUGCCCUCGCUGUCGGCCAAGUUUAACGUGCCAUCGGAGGCGUCUAUUGGCCUGUACGAUGGUGCGGGCGCAUGCUGGUGGUACUCGCGCGAUGAGUCAGCCGAGCUCAAGGUCAAGUACUCGGUGGCAGUGUCUGACAUGGCGUCAGUCAUCACCAGGUUUAUCCAGGAGCUGGAGGCCUGUGUGCCAGGUCUCUCACUAGCAAGCGCCGAUGCUGGCAACAUUGGCGGCGGUGACGGCGACGGCGACGUAGGCAUGGGUGUUGCUUCUCGACAGUGCUACUUCAUGUCGCCUGCCAACUCGGCCGCUCUCCCGCUUGCACAAGAUAUGCGCAUCUUGCGCACAUACCAGAUGGCCAGAUCAUGCUUUGACUCGCUAGUUGGCGGUGAGCUUGGCGCUUAGCCAGGAGCUUAGUGAUAUGUCUCUCGGGUUGACCUUUUUUCUUUCUAAAUAGCAAUAUUUUUUAAUUCAAUCGUGAACUUACAAACUGACGGAUCUUAG